CUUGCCUCGCGCAUCUACUCCCAAAUAUGCUUGCUUCCUCGUCCUCCUAGCGAUCAUCUCAGCACCGUGCUAACCGGGUCAUUAUUAUAAAACUUGCACCGUACAUAACACAAAAGUAUAACGAUAUACCAGCAUCUUAUACUCAUCGUCCAUCAUGGCAACCGAAUCAACAACUGACCAACCCACCUCCCCCCCGCUACGUAUCGGCGUCGCCCUAUUCCCAGGCUUCCAAGCCCUAGAUGUCUUCGGCCCCCUCGACUGCCUCAACAUUCUCUCCUGGACACACACCAACAUGAGCAUGUCCAUCCUGGCAGCCACCCUCGACCCCGUAUCCACCCAGAUCCCCGAAUCCCCACACACCAUCGGCCAGCACGUCGUCCCGACCCACACCUUCUCCUCGCCCCCACCCCUCGACGUCCUCCUUGUCCCCGGCGGCCUGGGCACCCGCGGCUCGCCCCCCGAGCUCCUCCAAGUCAUCGACUUCAUCCGCACCGUCUACCCGAGCCUGAAGUAUCUCAUCACCGUCUGCACCGGGUCGGGCGUCGCGGCGCGCGCCGGCGUGCUGGAUGGUCGGCGCGCCACGACGAACAAGCUCGCCUGGAAGGAGAUCACGGCCCUGGGGCCGAAUGUGUCUUGGGUGCCCAGGGCGAGAUGGGUCGUUGAUGGGAAUGUGUGGACUGCGUCCGGUGUGACGGCGGGGAUUGAUGCGACCAUUGCGUGGAUUGAGGAGGUGUUUGGGGCGGAGAUGGCGUUGGAGAUUGCGAAUGGCAUGGAGCAUACGAGGCAUACGGAUCCGGAGGUGGAUCCGUUUGCGGAUUUGUAUGGGCUGGCUUAGGCUGAGGGGGUGGGGUUUUUAGGGUUGGGAAGGAAGGGUGUUCUCUGCUCUUGGGUUGGUGUUUGUGGUUGAAGGGGGAUUGUGGAGAUUCGAGAUUUAGGAUGUUAGUGGGCAGGCAUUUGAGGGUAUUGGAUGAGGUAGUUGGUUGCUGGAGUGUGAAAUGAAAUGUAUACAGGUCUUGACUACCGGGUUGCAUUUUCUUAAAUAUCCUAUUAGUGUUGACCUGUGUGCUUUGAUGUUUUGAUGCCGACAACGGACGACCCCCGAGGCAGAAAAAGAAACUUCCCGCUUUGGUCUUCCGAGAAAGGGCUGACAGAUGUUAAUACAGCUUCGUGAAACCUAUGAAGAGAG